AUGCCACAAUCCUCGCUCAUGACAUGGCUGAACAAGCCCAAGGUUGUCAUCKAGCCCGUCUCAUCAUCCAUAACACAGUCUCCACCCACCAAGCUACGCACACAAGAUGACCAACAUGAACAACAACCGGAACAAGAACAACCAAAGCACGAUGUGAAAGGGGCACCAUUGUUCUGCUCUCCUCACAAGCCACUCCCUGCCAAUGUGGAGCUCAGAGCAUGCACAAAAGAAGACAUUCCUCACUUGAAGAAUCUCACUGGCUUGCUCCUUCCCAUUCCAUACGGCGAGUCAUUCUACAGAGAAAUCCUUGCAGACCCCGUGACAAAUAGCAUCACUCUUCUCGCUGUCUGGCAUGAUGAUCCUGAUCUGAAAGCAAGACAGAAAGGUCGCCUCAUCGGCGCCAUUAGAUGUCGUUUGCUUGCUAGUCCUCCUGGCCUAGCAGCCAAGAAGGAUGAGAAAGACGAGCCAAUGCUCUACCUCAGCACGCUUGUACUACUAUCGCCAUAUCGCAGUCAUGGCGUUGCAACUCAUCUGCYCCAGGCGCUCACCACGCGUGCCAUCGACGAUUAUGGCGUUGCCAGUGUUGGCGCUCAUGUUUGGGAGGCCAACACGGAUGCUCUGGCGUGGUACCGCAAGCGUGGAUUCUGCGAAGUCGGACGGGAAGCAGGCUAUUAUCGUCGACUUGAUCCACAAGGUGCUAUAGUCAUGCAGCGCAAGGUCAGCGUGAUGGACAUGAUGGGCAAGUGA